UCCCAAGCCAGUCUUCCGAUUCAAACUUCCAGAUCUACAUUUGUCUAUUCUUUCCCGCUGUGCGGUUUACUUUCACUCAAACACUCCCAACUACAUCCAAUCUCUAAUAACCACCACUAUACAACAAACCCCACACACCUCAGACAAAAUGCAGUUCUCCAUCACCGCCGUUCUCUUUGGCCUCGUUGCCAUCUCUUCCGCCGCCAUCGCUGAUGUCGAGGGUGUCUACAACGUCGCCCGUGCCGACCUCGAGACCCGCCAGGCCGCCAACGGCGCCUGCUGUAUCCCCAACCAGUCUCUCAAGCAGGAUGCUUGCACCGUCAACGGCGCCGCUGGAAAGUGCGUGCCCGGAGGUCCCGCUGCCUGCAACGGCGCCCUGAACUGCGUCGCCAACAACCAGCUCGUCUGCGACAACAACGUGCCCGAGCGAUCCGGCGUCUUGUGCCGCUUCCAGGCUGCCAACGGCCAGAUCCAGGACGGUGCUAAGCAGAUUACCAACUUGGCACAGGCCAAGGUCAACUAGAGAGAACGGAGUGUGAUGGCAUUUGGAGGGCUGGUCUUGAAGAAUCGAAAUCAAGCUCGACGCAAUAUUUUGAAGCUUUCAUUGUACAUAUAGGUCCUGGCACAGCGGGAACCUUAGAUAGCUUAGAAAAGAAAAUAUCUUUUUGCUCGACAA